CGCUCAGAUAUACUGAGCGAGCUCUGAGAAGCAGCCUCAGAUCCUGACGGUGCAGCAGCCCGCAGCCUCAGCCAGGGAGUCCCAGCCGCUUUCAAUGGAGGAGAAGCCCGGCCAGCCACAGCCUCAGCACCAUCACAGCCACCACCAUCCGCACCAUCAUCCUCAGCAGCAGCAGCAGCAGCAGCCGCACCACCACCACCAUUAUUAUUUCUACAACCACAGCCACAACCAUCACCACCACCACCAUCACCAGCAGCCUCACCAAUACCUGCAGCAUGGAGCCGAGGGCAGCCCCAAGGCCCAGCCAAAGCCGCUGAAACAUGAGCAGAAACACACCCUCCAGCAGCACCAGGAAACGCCGAAGAAGAAAACAGGCUAUGGUGAAAUAAAUGGUAAUGCUGGAGAAAGAGAAAUAUCUUUAAAGAGCCUGGGUUCUGAUGAAGCUACCAACCCUAUUUCCAGGGUCCUCAAUGGCAACCAGCAAGUUGUAGACACUAGCCUGAAGCAGACUGUAAAGGCCAGCACCUUUGGGAAAGCAGGAAUUAAAACCAAGAAUUUCAUUCAGAAAAACAGUAUGGACAAAAAGAAUGGGAAGUCUUACGAAAACAAAUCUGGAGAAAACCAGUGUGUAGAUAAGACCGAUACUGUAGCAAUUCCAAAUGGUGUCGUAACAAAUAAUUCAGGCUACAUUACUAAUGGUUAUAUGGGCAAAGGAGCAGAUAAUGAUGGUAGUGGAUCUGAGAGUGGAUAUACCACUCCUAAAAAAAGGAAAGCUAGGCGCAAUAGUGCCAAGGGUUGUGAAAACCUUAAUUUAGUGCAGGACAAAAUAAUGCAACAAGAGACUAGCGUCCCAACUUUAAAGCAGGGACUUGAAACUUUCAAGCCUGACUAUAGUGAACAAAAGGGAAAUCGAGUAGAUGGUUCAAAGCCCAUUUGGAAAUAUGAGACUGGGCCUGGAGGAACAACUCGAGGAAAACCUGCCAUGGGUGAUAUGCUUCGUAAAAGUUCAGAUAUUAAACCUGGUGUGAGCAGCAAAAAGUUUGAUGAUCGGCCCAAAGGAAAGCAUGCCUCAGCUGUUGCCUCCAAAGAGGACUCAUGGACCCUAUUUAAACCACCCCCAGUUUUUCCAGUGGACAAUAGCAGUGCUAAAAUAGUUCCUAAAAUAAGUUAUGCAAGCAAAGUUAAGGAAAACCUCAACAAAACUAUACAGAAUUCUUCUGUUUCACCAUCUUCAUCUUCAUCUUCUUCGUCAUCUGCUGGGGAAACUCAGACCCAGUCUUCAAGUCGGUUAUCCCAGGUCCCUAUGUCAGCACUGAAAUCUGUUACUUCUGCCAACUUUUCCAAUGGGCCUGUUUUAGCAGGGACUGAUGGAAGUGUGUAUCCUUCAGGGGGCCAGCCACUGCUAACUACUGCUGCUAAUACUCUAACACCCGUCUCUUCUGGAACUGAUUCAGUACUCCAAGACAUGAGUUUAACUUCAGCAGCUGUUGAACAAAUUAAGUCUAGCCUUUUUAUCUAUCCUUCAAAUAUGCAAACUGUGCUGUUGAGCACAGCACAAGUGGAUCUGCCCUCUCAGACAGAUCAGCAAAACCUGGGGGAUAUCUUCCAGAAUCAGUGGGGUUUAUCAUUUAUAAAUGAGCCCAGUGCUGGCCCUGAGACUGUUAUUGGGAAGUCAUCAGAUCAUAAAGUGAUGGAGGUGACAUUUCAAGGAGAAUAUCCUGCCACUUUGGUUUCACAGGGUGCUGAAAUAAUCCCCUCAGGAACGGAGCAUCCUGUGUUUCCCAAGGCUUAUGAGCUGGAAAAACGGACUAGUCCUCAAGUUCUGGGUAGCAUUCUAAAACCUGGGACUGUUAGUGAGAGUGGAGCCUUAUCCUUGGAACCCAGUCAUAUAGGUGACCUGCAGAAAGCAGACACCAGUAGUCAAGGUGCUUUAGUGUUUCUCUCAAAGGACUACGAGAUAGAAAAUCAAAAUCCUCUGGCCUCUCCUACGAACACUUUGUUAGGCUCCGCCAAAGAACAGAGAUACCAGAGAGGCCUAGAAAGGAAUGAUAGCUGGGGUUCUUUUGACCUGAGGGCUGCUAUUGUAUAUCACACUAAAGAAAUGGAAUCUAUUUGGAAUUUGCAGAAGCAAGAUCCCAAAAGGAUAAUCACUUACAAUGAAGCCAUGGAUAGUCCAGAUCAAUGAAGGACCAGACUGCCUGUUUGUAACCUUUCUGCAGCAUUAGAGCCACCAUUCAUGGGGGACACAAGGCUUUUAUGCUCCUAGAUCUUCAACGCAGCAGAGGAACCAUAAGUAGAAUCACAGGAUAAUAUAUACAAAUAUAUAUAUAUACAUUUAUAUAUAUAUAUAUAGUUAUUUAAAAAAAGGCAACUGAAAGUAAUUAGACUUCUUAAGGAAUCAAGUUUAUUUCAAGAGACUACACAUGGUUAUUUAAUCUCCGGUACUGAAUAGUUUGUUGUGUUUUUUUUUUUUUUUUUUUUUUUCCUCUCUCUUUUUUUCUUUUCAUUUGUAAGUUUUUGUUUAAGUGUGAAUGCAAGUGAUUAAUGAAUACAGACUUACAAGCGUGGUUCUAAAGUUCCUGCUGUCAUCAACUUGGGCAACAAAUGACCCACUGGAAAGGCAAAUCCACUUAAAAGAUCUCUGAAUCUUGUUCUGUGACUAAAGUGAUACACUAAUCAUGGGGAACCCAGAUGAUUCAACAUUAUCCCCUACUCCUCCCUUGAUCUUUUGGUUUUACUUUAAGCCCUGCGAGAAUGCUGGAUAAAUGCCUUGAAGUUUGCAGGGGUGUAUUUUUUUUUUUUUUUUAGCAAAUAUGAUUUGCAUGUCUUGCCAGGAGUUUAAGCAGCCUCUGUGGGGUAUUGGGGAAAUCUUUUUGUUCUUUCCUUUUGUUUUUUGUGGGGUGGGGAUAGGGGAGGGCAUUGAAGUUCUACAAUUCUGGAGUAGUUGGUGGGCCAUAGUUAACUUGUUUUGGUUAUAUGUUGAACUUUUAACAACUGAAGAAUCCAUGAGUGUCAUUUAAAGAAAAGUUGCAGAACAAGCAAUUGGCUUAGUUAUGGGGGGAAUCCUUUGCCCAUAUUUUAAUGUAAUUGUAUAACUGGGAGCAAAAAUAUAUUCUGCUUUUCAACUGUAGGUGCUCCAGACUUGCUCUCUGUCACUAACACUAAAUGUGCAGUUUUCCUUGUUUUUCAUCAAACAUCUAAGAGAAACUUGUACUUUUCUGUAAAUUCUCUUGAUUUCUCAGCAAAAUCUAAAAGGGGAAGAAAAAAAGGCAAUGAAAACUAAACUUUUCAUGUUUUUAGCCAGUGAGGAGGUAAUAAACCCUGCUUAUAGAAGGUGUGCUUUCAUGCAAAUUAUACUUCUGAGCUUAUUAGCUUCUAAUUAUAUCUUAGUAAAUAUAUUUUAUUACUAGAGCAAAAUGGGUUUUUAAGGAAAAUAAUGUGAAAUUCUGAAAUUUUCUUUUGGGCAGAAAAGAGCAUUAGCCCUGUCUUAUCAUCACAUUGCCAUCCUGUUGCACUGCAGCUUGUGUAUAGCAUGCUGAAAUAAAUUUUUUGUGUGUGUGUGUGCAGAAACUAAGGGUCCAAUUUAAGAUUGGGUGAUGUUAGUGAUAUAAUAACAAGUUCUCUGGCCUGACACAGCAUAACAUCACACACACAUAUACACACAGAGAGAAAUUAGUAUAUCCAUGUAUGUCAAAUACAGGUUAAAAUAGCAGGGCAUUUAUAUAGAGUUGUAGUCUUCUAAUAAAGUAAGCUGGAUCCCCUAGGAAUAUCUGGGGAGAAAGGAACUGCUUUUUUUGCUCUACCCCUUUGCUUAAGAAAUGUCCAGUUUUGAGUGACUGUAGUAUGGAUGGUUUUCUUGUUUUGUUGAUUAUUUGAGGCUUUUAAUAAGUAGUUCAUGAAAGAAGCUGUUGGACUCAAUGUAGAGUAGAGAAAAUAUCUUUUUAGUCUGGAUUUCUGCCCUGCUUAGAUUUUUAAAAAAGUUAUAAGCAUGGAUUGCCAAUUCCACUUGAUGUAAACAAAACUUUUUAUACAUAAUAUAUAUAUAUACAUAUAUAUAUAUAUAAAAUAACUUAUUGUAUCAGUCCAGGUUCAGAAACUUGUGGUAGGCCAGUUCCAGAUAGUUUCAUUUCACCUGUAAACUGUAUCACUUUUACUGAUAUUGUAAUUUUCAAAUGUAUAAUAUGUUUACAGAUGUGCCCUGCAUUUAGUCUGCCUUGUUCCUAUUUUGAUUUUUGUUGAGUCUCCUGCCUGCUUGCCAAAAGCUAGGAUGCUUCAGGCCCAUGUACAAUUGAAAGCAGAGGCAUCCUUGAGCUUUAAAGCAUUGAACAAACUGGAAAAUGCAACAUACCACAUACUGAAGUGAAAAAAAGUCUUGUGUUUUGUGUUUUUUUUUUUUUUUUUAAUAAAAAUUUUCAAAAAGUUUAAAAAAAAGAUAAAAGGUUGAUUAAAGAAAAAAAAAAGGCUCCAGUUUGUUUUACAGGUUUUAAAGUUCUGCUGUGUGUUCAAUUGCCUUGUGUAACCACUUGUCUUAGGGCCAGAUCCCCACCCUCACCCCACACCUCUUAUUUUUAAAUGUCCAUUUUGCUUGCCUGGAAUUUUAAAGUUUUUUUGUUUCGCAACUCACAAACUUUCUUGGUUUGUGACAUACAGAGUUGAAUGAACAUAUAUUUAAGAAAAAAAACACCCCAACCCCCAUCUGAAUUUACCUUGGAAGCAACAAUUAAAUACUUUUUAAAAAGUCUUUGCUUUCUUAAUUCCCUCCUAUAUCCCUCAGGCUUCUGGGUUCAGAGAAGCUGAAGAGAAUGUAACCCUUCUCUGUUUGUCCAAAGGUUUUUUUGAGUCUCAAUUCUAAAUGAAACAAUGCAACAUUUCACUUUUAUUUCUGAACUGAAAUUUAUAUGAUUAGAGGUAUAUAUAGUGGUUAGGAAUGUCUUAAUUUUCUGGGAACCCUAGUGCCCCAUCAUAUUAACCGUCAGUAUUUUUGGGCAUUGGGUUAAUGGACUUAAUUGCCUAGGUACAAGCAGGACUUUGGGACAAAUUCUCCUUUGUGCUGUUUGGUUACACUUAACUCUACUUGUUGCAAUCUUUCUCCUUAGGUCCUCACACAAUUCCUUACAGAGCACUUAUUAAAAAAAUCUGAAGAGUUGAUCUGUUUUCUGAUUAUUUUUGUGUAAGCUUCUAAACAAACUUCAGCUGUGAUUAAUUUAGCACAUUUAAAUAACAAUGUGUUUCAGUUCAUUAUAAAAUUUUCCUUCGACUCAGAGUAUUAGUACUGUAGCAUAAACCAAAUACAGUCUAGAGGGGAUUUUUAACAUCCCUCCAUUGAAAAGACUGAAAAAGCUGUGUGUGUCUAUGGGUGUGUGUGUGGUUGUGUGUAUGUGUGUAUGCAUGCAUGUUUGUGUGUUGGGUGCUUGUAUGUGAGGGAAGGAUAAAAGAUUAGUGAAUGUGUAUAAGACAUUAGUAUUCAGAAUGAAACUUGUAUUUAUUUUGUGCCAUUUGUUUUCAUUACACAGAAUAAAGUCAGGUGGUUUAAAUCCUUAAAAAGGGGUAGUAUUUGAAAAAUGGCACUAAGAAUGAAAUCAUGACCUAUUUUUUUAAUAGCUAUGAAGAUACUAAUUAUGGGUGAAGAUUUCUUUUUUUAAAUUUGUCUUGAUUGUAGGCUUUUGUGUCACAUGCCACUCUUGUGUAGAUGUCCCCACAAAAGACAGGGUGUAUUCAUCUUUCUCUUUAUUCACCCCCACUUUGCUGGACUGAAGUUAAUUGCAUAGCCUUUCCUCUAACCUCCUUAGUAAUGAACCAUUAACAUAAAAUAUAUUUACACCAUCUGUAGUAGCUCAUCUUCCUCCCCUGCUUUUUAGGAGGAGAUUGCCAAUAACUAGGGAUUUGUUAAUGGCAGCUUGUUUUACUUAUUUAUUUUUUUCCUUGAAAUAAAUGGCUAGUUUGUCUCCAUUUUAGAAUUUUGCUGUCCUUAAUCAUUUGCAUACUUAGUCACCACUCAGAAUCUGCAAAAACUUUAAAAAAAAGAAAAAGUGCUGCAUUUGUUUUUUCAAGUAACAGUUCUUAGGCAAAAUGACAAACCUCAGCUAUCAGAGUUGUCCACAAUACAAAAUGUGUUUCUUCAUAAAAUGACAUAGCAGCAGUAGUUUCAUAUUUGGCUAUUAAGUUUGUUGCUAACUCAUAUUAGAGGCAUCUAAUGGGUUUUUUUUUUUUUUCUGUAAUUGCCAAUAAGUUUAAAAAAAGAAAAAGCCACUUAGUGUGAUUUUGUCAUGGAACAAAUGGCCACAGGCAAGGAAAUUAUAAUAGGGCUUUGCUUAAUUUUAAAUUCCACCAAAUAAGGAGGGGAGUCAUUUUUUUGUAAGGCUUUCUUAGGAGAAAUAAGUUAAUUAAAAAGUGCAAUUUCCAAGGGAUAUGGGUAUAGGAGUGCCUCUGGGCCAUGUCCUCAAAUAACACAUGAUCCCUCAUGUGCUAACGGCAGAAUUGAUAUUGUAGUAGGACAAAUAUAUACAAGUAUGACAAUUUUUAUGGUAAGACCUGUUGGUGCUGCACCAGCAGGUGGAUUCUAAUAAGACGGUGUUUUCUGAUAGCCCUGCUUCUAGAUUUUAAGGAAAAGGAAAGGGCAGAGGACAAGGCUAGACUUUGCUGCUCUGAAUGUGCCAGAGGCAUGGUAGUUCUUAAAGUCAAUAUUGCUUUUAUUAAUUGACUGGGCACCAGGAUUCUUUUAUGGUGAAAAAAGAUGGGCUUCUGCUAUGAGUGUCUUUAAAGGUUUCUUUUUAAACAUCAGUCUGGUCAGAUGUGUGAGAACCAGAACCACCAGGAGCUGGUUUAAAGAAUGGGGAGCUGGUUUAAAGAAUGAUGAAACAUCGACUCUGCUCACUGCUUUACUGAGUUUUAAGUUCCACACCGUUUUGCUGCUCAAGAAAGAUCUUAAAGUAGUUAAAGGAUCCCAGCAAUGUUAUGAAUGCUUUUUUAAGUUGUCUCCAUAAUAAUAAACACUCAGUGAAGCAAGAAUGGUAUAUUGCUUUUAUAUUACUGGGAAUGUCAAAUAUGGGCUAGAAACUAUGGAACACCCAUCCUCAUGUGAUAGUUGCUGAUUCAAACUUCCCUCUUUAUACAUAAAGUUUUGUGUUCAGGGUUCUGAAGCCAUUUUCUGAUAGUGCAGUAUCCCUUUUCUACAGCCUUAUUAAAAACACCUACAAAUGUUUAUUUUCCAGUUCAGUUUUAACUUUCACUGUAUAUCUUAAGUUGUAGUCUAUAUAGACCAACAAAUUAACUUGAGGUAAAUUACAUAGCUUUCUAUAUACCCUUUUUUCUCCUCAGGUGCUAACAAACAAAGGCUCCAAAAAUGGAUACUGCUUUAGUAACAUCUGCUUUAUUAAAAUGCAUUAUUUGUUUUACUAGAUCUAGUGUAAAGAUUUGGUGUUAACAAAAAAGUUUUAAUAUGUAAAUAUGAAUGAUUGCCUUUAGUUUGCCCUUGUUUGUCUAAUGUCUUCUCAUUUAUAGAGGUGAAUCCUUUUAUGAUCUUGAGUACAUUUCGAUAGGUGUUGUGGUUUUUUUUUUUUUCUUUUUUUUUGAAUGAAAAUACAACUGUUUUCUGUCUUAGAUUAAUCCUGCUGCUGCUAUGAAAACUGAAAAUCAAGAAUGUGAUGCACUUUUUACAUUACUAUAUACCAUACAUAUACCAUAGGUUGCUUUGGUACCUUUUCUGUAGCACAGCCACUAACAAAAGUGAGUGAAAAAAAAGUUAUCUUUGGGAGGGAAUCUGUACAAGUAGCUAAUCCAUAGUUGGUAUUGGCCUAUGAAUGACAAUAACUUAGGAAAGUAAAAGAUUUGCUUAAUAUUACACUUUUUGGCCUUAAGACGUCUUCUACUACUGAAAAAUAUUUUAAAUCUUAGUUUUGUUUCUAUUAUUCCCUUUGCCUCAAAAAGAGGAAGAAUGACUUAAAGAAGUUGCUGUUCUUUUAGAAAACAAUUAUCUGCUGUCUGAGCUGGGGAACUUACUUUUUGCUUAUAUACAAAAGAGAAUGCUGUUCUAAACCAGUCAGUUUUAGUUAAAUCAGUCAAAAUUCCCAACUCUUCUGUUUCUCUAGUAUAUUUUUACUUAGCAAAGGUAAACUUUAAAUAUAGUAGGAAUGCUACUUGAAAAAAGGAAAAGAAUUUCUCAAGCACAUCCCCAAACUUGAAGGAGAUGGAACCCAAAACAGUGCAGGGGAAACACCAAACGAGGUGGAGGAAUAUGAGAAUGAUGUGUGGUCCAAAGCUAUCUGGUUAUAUUUUGAUGUUGCCAAUAUCGCAGAGCCAAAAUUUUAAUUUGCUUAUUUAAUAUAUUUGUUGGCCAGAGAUCUAUUUUUAUAUCAAUGUGCCUUGCAUGUAUAUUAAAAAAUUUUUGGAAAGACCAUGUAGUAAUGCCUGAGAUAGUUGAUGGUUCUUAACCACCUCACUAAUUUUUAUGCAGUAUGAAAUGCUCAUUCUAUUGCCCAACUGGUGCUCUCUGUUAAAAGUUAUAGAUCUUGUCAAACUGGAACUAUUUUAUAAACUGGGGAAGUGAUUUUCUUUUUUCUUUUUUUUUUUUUUUUAAGUCUGUUAGUGGCUAUUCUGUAGCGGGAAAUAGUAAAAGGAUUCUUCACUUCCUUUCCUGCCCCUUUAGCACCUUCUUUAAGUAAUGUGAUGACACCAUUUCUUGUGUGCUUUGAAAAAAGUUUGAGCUUGCUGUCUCCUUUAGUGUUAUAAAAAGUGUUGUUAAGCAUUGUUUGCAAAGUAUAGGGAGAUAAUGGAGUCCAGGUUAAUUGGGAAUUCUGUGUGAGCUUUAAUCCAAGUUAUUGGCUCUUUCCAACUUAAAUUUUUUUUAUUGUUAAAGCACCUUGCUUAGAAAAUUUUAAAUACUUAUGUCUGCAACAAUUGUCUCAAAAUGAUAAACUGUGCAAUUCUUGUCAUUAAAAACAAAAAGAUCUGAACUGAACUCUCCCUAAUGUGACUUGUUAGUUUCUCUGUAUUUCCUGCCAGUGUAAAUGUGAAAAGCUUUGCUUGCAUUACGUUUUAGAAAUGCAUUUUGCACACUUGAAUUUUGCUGAAGCUCCGUGAAAAGGUUAGAUCUAAGUAGAUGAAUAAAGCUAUGCACAUGUUUUGAAAGUUUAA